CCCCCCCGGAGGAAGAACAGACUAGUUGAGUUUAGACAGGCGGGUGAGCUUCAACGAGAAAGCCUCACGGAGAGUUAUUUGGCAUCAGAAUAAGUUUUAGAAGAGCUUACUUAUGAGCUGUAUGUGUUAAGGUUUUUUUUUUUUCUGUUUGAAAGGAAUGAAUCGUUUUCCACUAGAAGUUGUUUUUACAAUAACCGGUUUUGAGGAGGCGGUGAGGCAGGAGCAGCAGCAGGAGCAGCCGCGCCAAACUCACAAUGCGCCCUGAGUGAGGCGAGCCAGAGAGACAAUACAGACCACACCGAGAGGAGCUGCGAUCUCCCAUCCGGGAUCUCCUAUUUUCACCCCUUCUCUCUUCAGAGCCUUGUUCCAGGAAGGCUUCCCUUUUACCCACAGCCGGUUAAGCGAGUGGUUUAGAGUGGGGAAAACAAGUGAGAUCUGAUCUCCAAACUCAGCCAUGACGUCUCCGGCGAAAUUCCGAAAGGACAAGGAGAUCGUGGCGGAAUACGAAACUCAAGUUAAAGAGGUCCGAGCCCAGUUGGUGGAGCAGCUCAAGUGUCUGGACCAACAAUGCGAGCUGAGGGUUCAGCUACUCCAGGACCUGCAGGACUUUUUCAGAAAGAAGGCAGAGAUCGAGAUGGACUACAGUCGCAAUCUGGAAAAACUGGCUGAAAGGUUCCUCACAAAGACGCGCAGCACCAAGGACCAUCUACUCAAGAAGGAGCAGACCAUCUUAUCUCCAGUGAACUGCUGGAACCUGCUGCUGCUUCAGGUUAAAAGGGAGAGUCGUGACCAUGCCACUCUGUCCGAUCUCUACCUCAACAACAUCAUCCCCAGGUUCGCACAGAUCAGCGAGGACUCGGGGCGGCUCUUCAAGAAGAGCAAAGAGGUUGGAGUACAGCUGCAGGAGGACCUGAUGAAAGUUCUGAAUGAACUUUACACGGUGAUGAAGACCUACCACAUGUACAACACUGACAGCAUCAAUGCCGAGUCCAAGCUGAAGGAGGCGGAGAAGCAGGAGGAGAAGCAGAUGGGACGCUCUAGUCGACAGGAAGACAAGCAUACGCCGCGCUCCCCCGACGCUCUGGGCAACAUCAGAACCGAAGAGAGAGUCGUCCGCCGCUCCAGUGUGAAAAAAAUUGAGAAGAUGAAAGAGAAGAGACAAGCUAAGUACACAGAGAACAAACUGAAGGCCAUCAAGGCCAGAAAUGAGUACCUGCUGGCACUGGAGGCCACCAACAGCUGCGUCUUUAAAUAUUACAUCCAUGACCUGUCCGACAUCAUUGAUUGCUGCGACCUGGGCUACCAUGCUAGCCUGCACCGAGCCCUGAGGACUUACCUGUCUGCAGAGCAGAACGUAGAGAUGUCUAAACACACAGGCCUGGAAACACUGGAAGGAGCAGCAGAAAGCCUGGAGCCCAAUGGGGACAAACAAAAACUGAUGGAGACCUACAACAAUGUCUUCUGCCCACCAGCUCGAUUUGAUUUUCAGUCCCACAUGGGGGACAUGAUGGGAAUGAUGUGUGCGCAACAGCCACUGGAGGUGGACCUCCACCAGAGGUGUCAGCAGCUUCAGUCCCGCCUCUCCACUCUGAAGAUCGAGAAUGAAGAAGUGAAGAAGACUAUGGAGGCCACUCUGUCCACCAUCCAAGACAUGGUGACGGUGGAGGACUACGACGUCUCCGAAUGCUUCCACCACAGCAACAGCAUGGAGUCAGUGAAGUCCACGUUCAGCGAGUCAUAUCUGAGCAAACCCAGCCUGGCCAAGCGCCGGGCCAAUCAGCAGGAGACCGAGCAGUUUUACUUCACGAAGCUGAAGGAGUUUCUGGAAGGCAGGAGUCUGAUCACCAAGCUGGAGGCCAAGCAUGACUUAAUCCAGAAAACCAUGGGAGAGAGUCAGAAAACUGACUGUUGCCUUUCCAGUGGAAGGAGAAACUCUACCGUGCGGAAGCAGGACUCAGUUGAAACCAUUCCGCUGAUGGUUGAGAGCUGCAUCCGAUUCAUCAGUCGCCAUGGUCUGCAGCAUGAGGGUAUCUUCAGAGUGUCUGGCUCUCAGGUGGAGGUCAAUGACAUCAAGAAUGCCUUUGAGAGAGGCGAGGAUCCGCUGGCAGGGGACCAGAAUGACCAUGACAUGGACUCUAUUGCUGGAGUGCUGAAGCUCUACUUUAGAGGUCUGGAGCAUGCCCUCUUCCCUAAAGAAGUCUUCCAUGACCUCAUAUCCUGUGUCUCAAUGGAAAGCCUCCAGGAGCGAGCAGUCCACAUAAGGAUGGGUCUUCAUGGUCUUCCAAGUAAAACCCUCAUCAUCAUGAGAUACCUGUUUGCCUUUCUUAACCACCUGUCUCAGUAUAGUGAGGAAAACAUGAUGGACCCCUACAACUUGGCCAUCUGCUUCGGCCCCACCCUGAUGUCUGUCCCUGAAGGUCACGACCAGGUCUCCUGCCAGGCUCACGUCAACGAACUCAUUAAAACUAUCAUCAUCCACCACGACACCAUCUUCCCAGGGCUGCAGGACCUGCCGGGUCCAAUAUACACCAUCCCUGGAGCAGGGGAUGACUUCUGUGACAGUCCACAGUGUGAGCCCCCCCUAGUGGAAGAGCCGGCACCUGACGCCGUCUCAGUCAGCCACAACAGUGAAGAAGGCACCUUGGCUGUUUCAGAGUCUGAACCAGUCGAAGCCAUCGCCCGGUUUGACUACACAGGCCGUUCCGGUCGGGAGCUGACGUUCAAAAAGGACGCCUCUCUCCUGCUCUUCCAGCGAGCCUCUGACGACUGGUGGGAGGGGCAGCACAACGGAGUGGAUGGACUGGUGCCGCACCAGUACAUCGUUAUUCAAGAGACAUCUGAUGCUGGACGCGGAAGUCCAAAGCCCGAAGUGGACAGCAGGGACCUGCUGGAAGAGAGGGUGUCCACUCGGGGCAGCGCCCCCUCUCCCACAGGAGGCCAUGUGGCUGACAUCUAUCUGGCCAACCUUAAGCUGAAGAAACGGCCUGAACCUGGGAGCAUCCGAAGAGCAUUCAGAUCAGAGAGCGACAGCAUGAGUCCAGGAGCCAGCAACAGUGGGGCAGGAAGUGCGAGAACAGCGUCUGCUGGCGGAGCUCAGGUGAAAGACCCGGGAGACAAACGUCCAGUCAGCGCUCAUAACAUCCUCAAUUCAGUCACUCGUCACUCUUCACUCAAAACAAAGGUGGAGAGUCCACAAUUAAGGAAGACGACCCCUGCAGGACGCUCAAAGAGUUUCAGCAACCACAGACCCCUGGACCCUGAAGUCAUAGGCCAUGUGGAGCUCAGCACACAGGACACUCAAGACUCUGCCCUCAGUGAGCUCAGUAAGUUUGAAAGACAAAGCACCUCCAAACACACGCACGCCCCUGACGUGGUCCUGGACACGCUGGAGCAACUGAAAGGCAUUGGCGGAGGCGGAGGAGGAGCUUCUGAGCCCUCCAGCCCUCUCCACUCACGUCUGCUGCGGGACGGUGAGGGCGGACCCUCUUAUGUCCACCCGCUUCAGCGCAGCGCCUCGUCAGCGAGUGACGUUCCCUCGUCCUUCCGCCCUCCUAAGACCCGGCCGCGGAGCCCGCUGCCCUCCGCCACUUCUCCCUCCCUGUCCUCAUCAACCCUCUCCUCAUCUGUACCUGCCUUCAGGGAGCUGCGACCCCCAGCGACCAGACCGAAGCCUGUGGUGUUCCCGAAGGGCGGAGGAGGGUCCGGAAGCCCAGCUAUGGGCUCUCCGACCUCCACCGUCCCUCCGACACCACCUCCUCCACUCGUUGGCCACACACACUCUCUCUCUCACACACCUCCUCCUCCUCCACCUCCUCCCCAGUCUAAUGACAAAUCCUGCCCAGCUUAAUGUUCCCAAAUUCAUUCUAACAAUCCUUACAGCUCUUUUAGUGGGUGCAAAAAGCUCUUCAGUUGUUUCAAAUAACCUUCUACUCACAAGUAGCAUUUUCUUAGCAGCACUGUCUUUAGCAAGAAGAGUGUGUCCUCUGCUGGCAGCUCUUCUUUACUACAAGUAAUCUGUAACAUUGCAUUUUUCUUUCAUUCUGCAGAGAUCAGAAACUUUGCUGGAUUUCAAAUAUCCAACAAGGGAACAACGUCUGGAGUCUAUACACACUAGUUUUUUGGGAGUUUUUUUUAUGAAAUUGCGUUUGAGUGCGGGUGUAAGAGUUACUUGCCUUUGCAAUGGAGCUCUACGUGUAAAGAACAAAAAGCACUGUUUGAUUUUUGUAUAAUAGGGUUAUUUUUUUUCUUUUUGGAUCACCCAGUGAGUAGAAAAAACAGAUGAGAGUGUUUGAUUCCUAAGAACAGACUGUGAAAGCCAAGCUCUCACUUUGUAGAACUGAAACACACUGCUUCAGAGGAGACAGAUGGGAAUUUUAUUUUAUUUUUGAAACAAUGAGAGGAAGGAAAACUGGGCCAAAUAUCAGUGUAAAUCACGUGAUCAAGAGCUUUAUUUGACCUCUCCCUCAGUGUUUAAUUCAUUCGUGUUUUUCAGUUCUUUGUUUAAAAUUGCAUAGAUUAAACAUGUACCUAACAUGUCCAACAGUAAUUCUGAAUCUAAUAUAGCAAUAAAACAGUGAAAGCAAAAAGCCUGGCGGCAUGAUGCUGCUGUACUUCAGCAGCUUCACUAUGUGUUUGUGUGUAGGGGACUGCUGAAUCCCAGGUUCUUUAUAUGGCUUUUUUUUUUUUUUUGGACUGUGCACACAUUUUCCCCUAAUGUGUGGUGAUUUGAGGCAGCUAAACGCCUUUCAGGUUUUUAUCAUGCAUGCUGGGACCACUCACAGUACCAACUAGCCCAUAAGGAGAUACCAGCUGUAACAUACUUUUCAGAAAGUGCACAAUUAGCAGCAAAGAAAAAAAAGUUUAGCCUGAUCUUCUGCUUUGUAUUUAAUAAUGAUGUUGAUAACUGGAAGCAUGCAGCUGAGGAUCUUCCUGAGUGUGUGCAGAUGUAAGCACAACCAACCACCUCAUCUUAUGUGUUACAAAGUUAAUGCCAAGAAUUUGUUGGGGGUAAGUUAUGGACUGUUAUAUCUAUCUGUAUGCAUGUGUGUAUGUGUGCACAUGCAUGGGUAGAGUACUUAUGCACCUCCUCAACCCUGGCCUGCACAUAAAUGGAUGCCAACUGAAAGCAACAUUCUGGAGGCAUGGGGCUCCAGCUCUCAGUGUCCUGAAAAUGUGUGAUUUACAGUCGCAAAUGUAUUUAUACACCUUUAGUUUUUUUCACAUUUUGUCACACUCAAUGAAGGUUUAAUGAAUUUUAAUGGGAUCUCAUAGGAUAGACCAACACAAGGUAACUCAUAACUGUGAAGUAGAAGGAAAAUUAUAGUGGUUUUGGAAAGUUUUUACAAAAAAAAGUUUGCCGUUUUCUGGAGAACAUUAAUGAACAAACAGCAUCAUGAAGACUACGGUUCUCAUGUGAGAGAAUCUGCUAGCAACUACAAGUAUUAACUGUACCCUUUACAAAUGUGACCUUUACGGAUGAGUGGCCAAAAGAGGUUGCCCCAGGUAAUGCAAAGGACAGAGCAAACAUCUGUGAGAAGAUGAGACAAAGUACUUUUGCCAAAAAAAAUGAUUAACCCGCAUACAGAAUGCUGACACAGCAAAUCAGUCUGUAUACAACAUCUCUUUGGUAAGUUUAUAUGGUAACAGUACAACAACUAUAAGCAUACAGUCAUUAGAAUGUCCCAUUAUAGACCUAAACCUAAUUAAGGACCUGUGACAAAACUUAAAAAGUGAUGUUCACUAAAUGUUUCAAAACCCUGUAUAAUUCAUCUUGGACUUCCUGGUUAUGAACCACUUUCUGUUGGUCUAUCAUGUUAAACCUCAAUAAAAUACAGUGAAGUUUGUGGUUGUAGCAUGACAAACUGUGAAAAGGUUCAAGGGGUGUAAAUACUUUUACAAGACAUUAUAAAUUAGGAAAACCUGUUAGAAUAGCUGAUAAGUUGUCUUCAGCCAUUGUAGCAACCCCACCAGUGGCAGAACAGCGUUCUGUUAUUAAAAAAAUAAUGGAAAACCAAAACUCUGGCCUUUUUUGUCUGAUGUUACUUUGCCCUUUGCAAAAAUCUGUUUGCAGUAUGUGAAAAAAUGAAAGAGUAAAUGAGAGCACAAAUCCAUGUUUUUUCAGUGUACAUUACCUUCUGUGGAAAAGUGUUACAUGGGAUCGCAUCAUCCCCUUUCCCCAGCUCUACAGCACUGUCUGCAUUCCUGUAAUAAACUGUAACUGUCACGUCUCUUUGAAAUCUUUGUAUACUUUUUGUGCAUACCUGGUGUAUUGGUGUUGCUCUUACCUCAACGUCACAACUGGAGGGACUGUGUGUGUUCGUGAUGCAGAACCAUUACUUCUCACACGUACAGUACAGGCAUGCAUGUGGGUUGUCGGUGCGCUUGUGAAAAGACACAAGGGACCUUCUGUGAUCUCUAAUCAGUCAUUGUGCACUUGGCUUGCAUGUGGACUAACUGUGUGGGGAUGAUGUGUCGGGAUUGAAUAUUGUUGAAUAUGCAUUUUAUGUGUGCAUUUGGGGGGAAAAAAAUCACAGAACUAAAAAAAAGACAGUAAUGUCGAAUCUAUUUAUAGUUGUCUCUGUAUUACUGGAGAAUCAUGUGUUCAGAUGUACUUUGUAUAUACAAUGUUGUACAUUACAGAGGUACACUUUUUUGGUACAGUAUUGUACAGUAAUAGCAAUAGUAGUUUAAUCAAACUGGCCUUAUAUAAUUCUAUGUGUAGUUCUUGUAGUAGAUCUGUUUUUUUUUUUAAUAAACAUGGCUUGCUAUAA